CUUACAAAAAUUCUUUUUAUUAUUUUAAACAAAUAAUAAAAAAAAACUUCACUUUACUCUUUUUAACUUUUUCCACUUCACUCACUCUAGCAAGCUGAAGCAGCAGAAGAAGAAAGAUGGGGGAAGGUAAAGGGUCAUCACUGGUUCAUCUUCUAGUCAUCAUCUUAUGCUUAGUUGCUUUUGCUUUCGCCAUUGCUGCCGAACGACGUCGUAGCACUGGAACCAUUCGUACAGAUGACAGGACCAAUUCGACUUACUGCGUAUACGAUUCAGAUGUCGCAACCGGAUACGGUGUUGGGGGCUUUUUAUUUCUACUAUCAGGUCAAUCAUUGCUUAUGGGUGUGACCAAAUGCAUGUGUUUUGGAAGGCCUUUAGCACCUGGCGGAAAUCGAGCUUGGACCAUCAUCUAUUUUACAUUCUCUUGGAUGUGUUUUGUAGUUGCCGAAGCUUGUCUGAUAGCCGGGGCAAAGAAGAACGCGUACCAUACAAGAUACAAGAGUAUGACGGAGAGUUUUUCAUGUGACACAUUAAGGAAAGGUGUUUUUGUUGCGGGUGCAGUGUUUGUUGUUGCAACUAUGGUACUGAAUGUUUAUUACUACAUGUACUUUACCAAGGCUACAACUCAACCUGCUCACAAAACCAACCGUUCUAGUUCUAGUGUUGGUAUGGCUGCUUAUGCUUAGACCUUAUUAUAUACUUUAUGUGAUGAUGGACUGAGAUUAUUAAAUUUUAAACAUGUACAUUAAAAGCCAAAUUAUGGGAAUUUGUGGUUAUUAUUAUAUAAAAGAUGCACUUCUUCGAUUUAA